GUCGUUGUGUCCAAGGAUUAUAGCCUCCAGGUCUCCUUGGCGGGAGAUGUCUGCCAUGUCCUCGGCCGCUCCGGCGGAUCCUUGCAGCUGGCUGCCGGGCAGGCUCCAGCUCCAGCGAGGACGUCGCUUCGCAUCGACUCGAUGCAGACGGUGCAGAGGCUGGCCUCCGGCGGGCGGGCGGCGGCGCUGCCGCUCUUGGCGGCGGGAAAGCUGAAGGUGGAAGGUGACUUGUCGCAGCUCGAGGAGCUGCGGAAAGAGCUGUCGCCGCAUGCGGCGCGUCUGCAGCCCCUAGCAGAGGCGAAGAAAGCCAAGACAGAUCCAUCCGUGAAGUAUCCCGAGCAGGACCUCUCCGAGGUUCUGGGAAAGCAUAUCAUCUACACUUAUGAGAACGGCUGGCAGUACGAGAUCUACUUCAAGAGUGCCGAAAUGAUCCACUACCGCAUCCACAGCGGUCUCGUUGCUGGCCGGUGGGUCACGAAUCGUGAGGUUUGCAUGACCGCCCUCGGGAAAGGCUUGGUUCGCAUCAACUGGCAGGAGCCUGUCGGAAACAUUGUCACGAUGGUCACUUCCCUGGAAGACCGUUGGCUCCACUCCUACUUCCUGAUGCCGAAGUGGAUCACAGAGGACCCCAUGGCCACGGUUUGUCACGAGGAUGAGCAUGUGGAGGAGAUGCUGAAGCGACGGGAACAGGGGCCGACAUGGCCAAUGCACAUCGCGGAGAAUGCCUUCGCCACCAUCACGUUCUUGGAAGAUGUCGGGACCGGUCGCGACGACAUCAUCGACUGCCCACCUGAGAAGCUCCCUGCGGGCUAUGCCAGUCGCAAGAACUGA